UCCUUCGGCCGGCUUGCGGAUUUGGUUGGCUCCACGGCUGGGGCUCGCACGGAAAGGCCUCCUGUUAGCGGCACGCUUGCGGGCACCUCCGGGACUAGCCUGCAUAGACCCUGAUGAGCAGCAACGGCAGUAAAAGAGCUCCAACAACCGCGACCCAGAGGCUGAAGCAGGACUACCUUCGAAUUAAGAAGGACCCGGUGCCUUACAUCUGUGCUGAGCCCCUCCCUUCCAACAUUCUGGAGUGGCACUAUGUGGUCCGAGGCCCAGAGAUGACUCCUUAUGAAGGUGGCUAUUACCAUGGAAAACUAGUUUUCCCCAGAGAAUUUCCUUUUAAACCUCCUAGUAUUUAUAUGAUAACACCCAAUGGAAGAUUUAAGUGCAACACAAGGCUGUGUCUUUCCAUCACGGAUUUCCACCCAGACACGUGGAACCCGGCCUGGUCCGUCUCCACCAUCCUGACUGGGCUCCUUAGCUUCAUGGUGGAGAAGGGCCCCACCCUGGGCAGUAUAGAGACCUCGGACUUCACGAAAAGACAGCUGGCUGCGCAAAGUUUAGUGUUUAAUUUAAAAGACAAAGUCUUCUGUGAACUAUUCCCUGAGGUUGUGGAGGAAAUUAAACAAAAACAGAAAGCUCAAGAUGAACUCAGUAGCCGACCCCAGGCUCUCCCCUUACCAGAUGUGGUUCCGGACGGGGAAGCGCACCACGGUCAGAAUGGGCUUCAGCUCCUCAACGGGCACGCGCCGGGGGCCGCGCCGCACCUCGCGGGCCUCCAGCAGGCCAACCGGCACCACGGACUCCUGGGCGGCGCCCUGGCGAACUUGUUUGUUAUAGUUGGGUUUGCAGCCUUCGCCUACACGGUCAAGUACGUGCUGAGAAGCAUAGCGCAGGAGUGAGCCCCGCGCCGCAGCCGCAGAGGUGGUCAGAACCCAGGGCGGCCGCGCCCGAGCCUGCCACGCCCUGGCCGGACGUGCCGCUGCGCGCAGGGUGGACCUGCCUGACUCCGGGGGUUAGCUUUUUAAAAACCUUUACAAGGAAAACAAAAACCAAAGCGUGUAAUUUGGAUUUAGAGGAGAUACAAGAUUCUCAGCUCCCUGUCCUCACCCUGGGGUCUGUUGGGGACCAUGGAGCUUGGUGUGAGGUGGGACCUCAUGCUUUGGUUUUAUAGCUUAAUCUCGUGUAUCGUCUUUCGGACCUGUUUUAGUAAACCUGUUUUUCAUUUUACUAGAUUUGGUCACUUAAAAAUACAAAACUCGAUUAUCAAAUA